AUGUACAUCGAUUACGAAUGGGCCAUUAAAUUAAAUCGAUCCUGCUUGAAAAUGUUGGGCAUUUGGCCGAAAAAUAACGAAACUAAAUGGGAAAAAUUAAUGACGAACGUACGCAUAAUCGUUAUGCUAAAUAUAGGAAUCUGGUUUUGUUUGAUUCCGAGUGUGCAUUCCCUGCUCAAAAUAUGGGGCGAUUUAAUGUCAAUGAUUGAUAAUUUGCAAUAUACGUUACCAUUUACUAUAGCAACGAUAAAGUUUUUCAUUAUGUGGCAGAAAAAAAAAGAUAUUCUACCGCUUCUAAAUAUGAUUAAGCAUGACUGGUUGAAGCCAAAAAUUGUGCAAGAGAGAAAUGUUAUGAUAAAACGAGCGCGACUCGCGUGCAUGCUCACGAUAUUCGGAUAUUUUAUAAUGUUCACAUCCUUUAUUUUGGGUACGACUCUUCCUGUCUUCGGAUUUUCAAUGAGAUAUCUGACGAAUAAAACAGAUCCGGGUAGAUUGAUGCCAUUACAGACGUAUUACUUAUAUGAUCGAGAUAAGAGCCCGUUUUAUGAAAUAACGUACGUUCUGCAAACUAUCGGCAUAUUUAUGGUUGCCGCAGCGUACACCGGUACAGAUUGUUUUCUAAGUCUGCUGGUUUUUCAUGUUUGCGGUCAACUGGAGAAUCUCAAGGCACGCGUCAUGGAUCUCGAUAAAUUUAUUAAUUUUGAAAGCAUCUUAUCUCAUAGCAUACAGGAUCAUAUACGUCUCAUCAGAUCAAUCAGUAUCAUUGAUAAUAUAUUUACUUUGAUGCUACUUGCAGCGCUCUUUUACUUUGGCAUACUAUUCGCUUUUUACGGUUUUUUUAUUGGUGCUAUGAUAACUCAGCGUAAUGAUGUCUCUGUACUACGUUUAACUUUUAUCGUAAUAGUGUUUAUUAAUACAUUUGCACAUACAUGCCUUUAUUGCACCGUGGGAGAAAUUUUGGUCGCGCAAUGCGAAGGAGUUUACAAGGCCGUAUGCGAGUGCAAGUGGUAUACGUUGGAGCCAAAAAAAGCAAAAAACCUAUUGAUUAUAAUGAUUUCCGCCAACAAACCGCUGUGUCUUACCGCAGGAAAGCUGUUCCCUAUGACAAUGUCUACGUUUUGUAAUUUGUUGAAAACAUCGGGCGGUUAUAUAUCGGUCUUACUGGCACAUCGGGAAUAA